AUGGACGGACAGGAAGCAAUCGCUAUAGGCAUCCUCAUCGCCUAUUUCGGUCUCAUCGGUCUCUCUUUCGCCUUGGUCUCUAGGUCUAUCAUCGCGGGUACAGAGACCUUGAAGCUGUGGGAGGGAAGGGCUUUCUAUUUCUUGAGAUCUGCAUUUGGGGCUCUUCUGUGUACAUGGUACUUUUAUGAACGCAAGCUGCUCGACUGGUCGUAUGAAGACUUCAAGGCAUCAAGAACAUUGACGGGUGAUGCUACCUUCGGCCAGUGGCUUGUCAACACGGCGCUCUUUGAGCAAGCUUGGACGAUAGUCUGCAAGGGUGCUGGCAAUUGGUGGUGGUCAAGUUGGAUCUGCACCUGGACCAUCUUGUUCACUGUCAUCGUCUGGUCUGAGAGCGGUAGACGCGGUAUCAAAUAUGCUUACGCGUACAUGCUCCUCGGCCAACUCGUUGCCAUGUCCGUCGCUACCGCCCUCUUUCUCGUCGCCCUCUCCCUUCACCCGCGCACGAGCUCCAACCCCCGCAAAAUUCCCUUCAUCAUCGCCAUCCCCCUCACUCUGGCAUUUGUCUCGGCAUGGCUGCUGCCGCAACAUGUGGGCACGGAGAGAUUCAUGAACUCGCUUUUGUGGCUCCAUGGUGCGCUACUGCUACCUCUUAUCAGCCCUGCCAAAUCUGGACCCGAUGGACAGGUUGAGAGUAAUGGUGUUCCUCUGUCGCUGCUUUACCCGGUAAUUAUCGGACUGAUGGGCUUCAUCCACAUCCCCGCAACCCAAGAACUCUUCCUCCGCCUCCCCACCUCCCGCACCUUCUCCUCCCACCUCCUUCAAGUCCUCUUUUCCCACCCCGCCCAGGCUUCGGUAUCGCUCGAUGUCGUCUGGGUCGCACUGGUAGUGACGUCGUGGUUUGUCAUCACCGGACCUACUGCCUUGCGUAUCGCCAAGGCAGCUCUGGUCGGUAUCGUCGGCGCGCUAUUCACUGCUCGAUACCUCGGUGUAAACUGGACACUCAUCGCCAGUAUCAUCCCCAUCUUCUUCCUCCUCUCCGCCGGUGGCGCCACCCUCUACAUCCAAAACCUCCGCCGAACGAACCUCUACAAACGUCAGUCGUUGAUGGAUUCCAUGGGCAUGCCUGAUGGUACGCUCGUCCAAGGUACGGGCAGCAAGCCGCCGGGGUUCAGCAGUCAGAAGACGGUGGUUGGAUUUUGGCAUCCGUUCUGUAAUGCUGGUGGCGGUGGAGAAAGGGUGCUGUGGGUUGCUAUCAGGCAUAUUCAGAAGACGGACAAGGAGACGAUGGUUCUGGUGUACUCUGGCGACUACCCUGAGGCUUCCAAGGAAGAGAUCAUUGGGAAAGUCAAGGAGAGGUUCUCAAUCUUCCUCGACCCUUCAAGAUUGCACUUCAUCCCUCUCCGAUCGCGAUACCUCGUAUCAGAUGGGUACUGGAAACAUUUUACGCUCCUGAGCCAGUCGCUCGGAAGCAUCCUCCUGGCUUGGGAGGGGCUAUGUGGCAAAGACGAUGCUGACUUGAUCGCAGAUUCCAUGGGCUACGGUCUGACUUAUCCCACUGUCCGACUGAUUGCCGGCCCCGAUAUCGCCAUCGGGUCGUACACUCACUACCCUACAGUUAGCGCCAACAUGGUGAAACGGGUGAAGGAACGGGUGUAUGGUGUUGAGAAUGCUGGUGCUUCCAAGAGCUGGAUCAAGACUCAGAUCAAGCUCAUAUAUUACUACAUCUUCACUUCAAUCUACUCGGUCUCCCUUCUCUACGCCCAACACAUUAUGACCAACUCUUCCUGGACUCAAGCCCAUAUCCAAUCACUUCUCACUUCUGCUCCAUCCUCCUUCCUCGCCUCCAUCUUGCUCAAAGACGAGGUCUCAGUACAAAAGCAGAAAGAGAGAGGCGAGCUGGCCGAAGGGGAGGGGUUGGAGUGUGGGGUCGUGUAUCCACCGACGGAUACGACAGAGUUGGCGAGGUUGGGAGGGUUGGAGAGUAGGAAGAGGGAGAUCGUGUCGCUAGCUCAGUUUAGGCCUGAGAAAGACCAUGCCAAACAGCUGUAUGCGUUAUCAGCGAUGUUUGAAAAGUAUCCUCAGUACCGACACGGGUCUCAACGGGUCACGUUGGCACUGAUGGGCGGUGUCAGAGAUGCGGGCGAUCAAGCUCGUUUGGACGGCUUGAAGACGCUAGCAAAGAAGCUAGAGAUUGACGAGAAUGUAGAGUUUGUGAUCAGUGCGCCGUACCCGGAGAUAGUGAAGAGGCUCGGUCAGGCGUCCUUGGGGAUAAACACGAUGAUGGAUGAGCACUUUGGUAUCAACGUUGUAGAGUUCAUGGCCGCUGGUCUGAUACCGCUGGUGCAUGCGUCGGCUGGGCCUCUGAUGGACAUCGUGGUCCCGUACAAUGGACAACGUACAGGUUUCCACGCGACAGACGCCGCCUCGUUCGCCGAAGCUAUCCAUGCUGCCUUGUCUGUCUCCCCGAAAGAGAGCUUGAAGAUGCGCAAAGCGGCAAGACAGCUGGCGGUGGAGAAGUUUUCGGAAAGGAAGUUUGAGGAAGAUUGGGAUGUUGGGUAUGAGAGGUUGAGGGAAAUUGCUUGGAAGAGAAAGUAG